AUGAACGCUUCCAACUUGACCAUUAAUUCAACUACCACAUUAUGGGAAGCAUACGCCGUGCCACUGUUAUUCUGGUACUGCCUGAUGGUGCUCCUGUGCGUCCUGGGGACCCUCUCCAGCCUGGCGGUUCUCCUGGCCAUCCUCGCGUCCCGCAAACUCCGCGCCGGCUCCGGCGCCCUCAUCGCCAACUUCCUUGUCGGCAUCACCGUUCAGUGCGCCGUCUUCCUCCCGCUCUUCACCGCCUCCGUCGCCGGCGUCCCGCUCUCCUGCCCAGCCACCUUCUUCCCGUACUUCCUGUUGAACAAGGUCAUCAGUCUGGCCGACAUGAUGAUCGGCAUCAACCGCUUCAUCGCCAUCUGCUUCCCCUACCGUUAUUCCCUCUUCACCACCGCCCGCGUCCUCACCACCAUGAUCCUGCUGCCCUGGGGGGUCGCCUUGAUUUAUUCCCUGUUUUUAUUGUUGGGCGUGAGCGGCCGCUUCGAGCCGCUGCCGCCGUGGCACGCCUGCGGGACCACCUUCUUCAGUGCGGCGGCCUCCUUCACGUCGACAUUGAUCGGGGUCAUCGUGCCCAUCGGGACGUUGGGGGUGCUGUUCGUGGCCAUGUUCGGGGUGAUGGGGGUGCGGCGGUGGAUGGGAGGGGAGCGGGAGGGCGGGAAGGACGCGGCGCGGAUGCAGGCGCUGCGCCGGAAGCGCUACCAGAGCGUGCGAAUGCUCUUCGUGGCCUACGUGCUGUACUCGGCGUGUUUCAUGCCCACGCAGAUCGCCUCGUCCCUCUUUAGCCGGCAGUUUCAGACGGAUCCCCUGCUGCAGCUGCUCUUCCGGGCCGUGGCCCUCCUGGGAUACGCCACUGUACCGCGAUCAGUAAUCGAUUUGUACUUCCCCAUCUUGACGGUGAAUGCCAGUUCAGCAGCGGCGCCCGCACACUUGGAGGUUGCGUCGAUAUAG